UACAAUAUGGCGACUUGGGAGGGAUUUUGAAAAGCAUUAGAAAAGAAUCUACUUAAUUAAUAGACUUUUCAAAAAAAUUACAAAUACUUUUCAUUGAUUAACAUUAAGUUCAAUUAUUAUGGAAGAUCAACAGAUAGAAUUUUUAAAGGAUCAGGUUCAAAGACUAAAUGCUGAAUUGGCCAAAUACAGAUAUCAGGAGAUACAGAGGGAAGAGACUCCACUUGAUCAGCCUGGUCCGGCUGCACCAUGGUUAACAGAAAAAAGUGCAUUGGCCCCUCUCAUAGAAGAAUAUGAUCAGCAAUUUCAGAAAUUGGAACAGGAAAAAGAUUUUCUAAAUAAAGAGCUGUCUCAGCUGAGACCAGAACUAGAGAGAGUUGUAGCAGAUAACACUAAGCUGGUCCAACAGCUAAGGGAGACUAUUGAGAAUCAGCUGGGAAAUGUGGAGGAUGGAGAGUUCUCUCCCUCUAAUGAUCAGGAGCAAGUGCUACAGAACCUUCAGAUGCAGGCAGAAAGUGCUCUACAGGAAAAAGAUGCUGCUUUAGAGAGAUGGCAAGAAGCAGACCAAGAAAUUGACCGUCUACAGCGAGAGCUACAGAAUGAAAAGGACAGUCACCAAUGGAAAAUUGUUGAAGAACAGGCCAACCAAAUGAAGUCAGAAUAUUAUGAAACAGUGUCUGUGUUGAACAAAGAGAUUGAAGCCUUACAGAAUGACCUUAGGUCCACACGAGACCAGCUGGAUGUGGCUAAUAUGGAGGUCCGCGACCUUAAAAGGUCAAACAAGGAUCUGGAGCAGCAACUUGUCUGGAAGGAUCAAGAAAUAGCUGAUGUCAUCUUCAAGGAAGGAAUGUCUGACUCCAGAGUUGGAGAACUGAAGAAAAUAAUGGAUGAAACAUCCCAAAGAUUAUCAACAGCAUUAAAGGAAUUGGAUGAUAUCAAGGGAGAAAAGAUUGCAUUAGAGGCCAGAGUGUCCGAGUUGAAAAAACGUGGGGAUGAGCUUGAGAAGAAAGAGUUUGAAUAUGUUGCCCAAGUGAGGGAUGCUGUUCAGAUGGUAGAGAAUUCUGUCCUGGAGAAGGAUCAGGCUGAAAUGGAAGUGAAACAAAAGGAAGAGGAAAUUGAAAAAUUACAGGAAGCUCUAAAUAAACUAAUUAAUGAUGCUGGUGUGCGAACAAGACAGGAGGUGGACAGUGUACGGAAGCAGUGUAAUGAAAGAAUUUCUAAAUUGACAGUAGAGCUGCACACUUUGGAAAUGGACAAUGCUGAAAAGGAAGAACAGAUAAAGAGGGCGCUCCGUGACAAGCGGAACGUGGAGGCUGAAUUAGAGAGAGUUUUGAAGGAGGGACAUGCACAAGCAGUGAAAGAUAAAGGGGCCUAUGAGGACAUUAACAGGAGAGCCAUACAGGCUGAGAGAAUGAGGGAUGAAUUAUUGGUCAAAGUAGAUAAUCUGACCAGUAUGCUUAAAAGGGAGGAAAUGAAUCAAGAGCAGCUAAGGUCUAGAACAGAUAAGGAACUAACUGAAAUGAAACAAAGAAAAAUAGCCAUGGAUACGGAAUUUGAACAUUUGAAUGAAGACAGGAUAAAGCUUCAAAAUGAGGUGGAUGAAAUGAAGAAGAGAGUGGUCCUGGCUGAGAAAGAGAAAGAGAGUGCCCAGAGGAAAUAUCAGAAAGAGAUGGCGAUUCUGGAGAAUGACAUACAGCAGAAGAUACAGGAUUACGAGGUCAGACUACAGUGUUCUGACGAUGCCAGCAGGAAAACUAUAACAGAACUCAGGAAUCUGUUACAAGGCCAGCAGAGAAUGAGUGCAAGAUGGAAAGAAGAAUGCCAGUCAAUUACAGAGAAAUUUGAGAGUAAAAUAAAUGAUAUGAGAUCAGAAAUAAGCCAUCUUAAGAAGAGAAAUGAUGAGUUGACAUCUCUGCUACGAGAAAGUCAGGCAAAGACCAUGGAGGCUGAGAGGAUGAUUACAGAUUAUGCCAAAAAUAUCUACAGGAUAGAGGAAAGAAUGAGGGAUUCAGAAAACAGGGCAGCAGAAGCCUCCAAACAGCUGGCAAGACAAUCUGUCCGAGAAAGACAAAUGGCAAGUGAGAAGAGAAGUUUGAUGCAGGAGUUACAGAGAAGCACCAUGGAGAACUCAUUUAGGAAUCCAGAAGCUUUACUGGUCAGUGAUCUAGCCUCCAGCCAGCACUCAGGGAAGUCCGUUAAUGGAUCACACGUCAGAGCUGAUAUACAGGAUGUCCGAUGAUGGAUCUUCAGUUACAAUGUUGCUGAUUACUGCCAACUCCGUCCUGUGAUAAACUGUGCCAACUGAUAUUCCAUCCCACAUACAAACCAGCUGUAAUCUGGUAUUCACCUUGUAUGCAAUGUUCAAAAUCUUGUGGAUGAAGUUUUUAUCAAACUGACUUGGAUAAAUUGUAUCCAAGUGAUAAAAUUAGAUCUACCAUUCCAUCCAGUGCUGCCUUGUCUUUUAAGGAGUAUAUGUUUAUUAUACAUUUAUUACAUUUAAUAUAUACUCAUGUUGUGUAUUAAAUAUCUUUACACUUGU